GGAGCUGUCCCCGCCCCCUGCCGGUCCACGCUGCUCCCCCGGGAUGCUGCGGAGCUCCGGACCCCGGGAGAAGCAGCUCUCCUCCGGGACAUGGAGCCAUAAAGAGCCGGAGAGGAGGAGGAGAGGAGGAGGAGAGGAGGAGGAGGAGGGAUGAGAUGUUUCUACCCAAUCCCUCUGUUCCCCCGGGACCUGCAGCCUGCACCGGGCCGGCCCUCCCUCUGGUUGGAUAAGCAUUUCAUUUUACUCCUUUUUGAAGCGGUGGCUUGUUUUUUAUCCCACUUUUCAUUUGGUCCACAAUCCUCCGCUGCUCUCCUCUCUGAUCCCCGGCUCUCCACGCUCCAUCUCCGGCUCUCCACGCUGCGUCCUCCCGGCGACAGGCUCCGGAUCCCGGCUGAUUCUCUCUCUCUCUCUCUCUGGUCUCUCCAUCUCUCUCUCUCUCUCUCUCUCUCUCUCUCUCUCUCUCUCUCUCUCUCUCUCUCUCCCUCUCUCUCUCUCCUCUCCUCUCUCUCUCCAUCCCUCUCUCUCCUCUCCUGUGAGAUGCUCUCCCGGCUCCUCGCUCCUCUCUCCGCCCUCUUCCUCUUUUAACUUCACAGAGGAUCCCGGACUGCAGCGAGCCUUAAAGGAGGCUGGGAUCUAAAACAACAACCCGAGAGAAACCCAGAGGGAUCCGGGCUCUUCUUUGGAUCAGGACCCGGUACUUUGUCCUCCUCCUCCUCCUCCUCCUCCUCCUCCUCCAUCCAUCGCUCCUCUCUUCUCCACCUUAAUCCAGGUGGUCCUUUGGCUUUCUGAGUGGCUGGCUGGGUACAGGGAGGAUUAUUCUUGUUGCCUUUCUUGUUUUCUGGUGAAGAGAAAGCCUCCCAGAAGGACAGUUUGAUCCAGAAGGACAGUUUGAUGUUCUCCAUCCAGGACAGCCUCCCCAGGGGGGCUCUGACCAUGAAGGAGGAGCCGCUCCCCACCGGCAUGACCCCGGUGCGCUCCUGGAUGCAGGGCGCAGGGAUCCUGGACGCCAACACAGCGGCUCAGAGUGGAGUCGGUUUGGCCCGAGCUCACUUUGAGAAGCAGCCGCCGUCCAACCUGAGGAAGUCCAACUUCUUCCACUUUGUUCUGGCGCUGUACGACCGACAGGGCCAGCCGGUGGAGAUCGAGAGGACGUCCUACAUCGACUUCGUGGAGAAAGACAAGGAAUACAACGGAGAGAAGACCAACAACGGGAUCCACUACCGGCUACAGCUCCUCUACAGCAACGGCAUCAGGACGGAACAGGAUCUUUUUGUUCGGCUGAUAGACUCCAUGACCAAACAGCCCAUCCUGUACGAAGGUCAGGACAAGAACCCAGAGAUGUGCCGCGUCCUCCUCACCCACGAGAUCAUGUGCAGUCGGUGUUGUGACAAGAAGAGCUGCGGAAACCGCAACGAGACGCCCUCCGACCCCGUCAUCAUCGACAGAUUCUUCCUCAAGUUCUUCCUCAAGUGCAAUCAGAACUGUUUGAAAAACGCAGGAAACCCCCGAGACAUGAGGAGGUUCCAGGUGGUGAUCUCCACUACGGUCAACGUGGACGGCCACGUGCUGGCGGUGUCAGACAACAUGUUCGUGCACAACAACUCCAAACAUGGCCGCCGCGCCCGACGCCUGGACCCCUCUGAAGCAGCCACGCCCUGCAUCAAAGCCAUCAGCCCGAGCGAGGGCUGGACGACCGGCGGCGCCACCGUCAUCCUCAUCGGGGACAACUUCUUCGACGGCCUGCAGGUUGUCUUCGGCACCAUGCUGGUCUGGAGCGAGCUGAUCACCCCUCACGCCAUCCGGGUCCAGACUCCCCCUCGUCACAUCCCCGGGGUCGUGGAGGUCACGCUGUCCUACAAAUCCAAACAGUUCUGCAAAGGAGCGCCGGGACGCUUCGUCUACACCGCCUUGAACGAGCCCACCAUCGACUACGGCUUCCAGAGGCUACAGAAGGUCAUCCCUCGCCACCCCGGGGACCCCGAGAGGUUACCUAAGGAGGUUCUGUUGAAGCGGGCAGCCGACCUGGUCGAGGCUCUUUAUGGGAUGCCUCACAACAACCAGGAGAUCAUCCUGAAGCGCGCCGCCGACCUCACCGAGGCGCUCUACAGCGUCCCUCGCAGUCACAACCAGCUGCCGUCCCUCACCGGCUCCGCCGCCCACUCGGGGAUGAUGGGAGUGAACUCGUUCAGCAGUCAGCUCGCCGUCAACAUCUCAGAGGCCUCGCAGGCCGACCAGGGUUACUCCCGUAACUCGAACAGCGUGUCUCCUCGCGGCUACGUGCCGAGCUCCACGCCUCAGCAGUCCAACUACAACACCAUCACGUCCACCAUGAACGGAUACGGCGCGGGGAUGACCAACCUGGGCGUCCCCGGAUCCCCCAGCUUCCUCAACGGCUCCACCAACUCUGCUUACGCAAGCCCUUAUUCAUUCUCUCCUGUCCAUAUGGUUUCUGCAGUCAAACAGAAGAGCGCCUUCGCCCCCGUCGUGCGGCCACAGACCUCCCCGCCCCCCACCUGCACCACCACCAAUGGCAGCAACCUCCAGGCUAUGGCAGGUCUCAUCGUCCCGCCCAUGUGAGGAGGCCUCUCAGCCAGAUACCGUCAGACCCCCCCCUCCCCAGCGCCGAUGGCCACGCCCGCCUGAAACGCCACAAAAAUCCUUCCCAUCAUCCCCCCCGACUGACCCAGAAUCCUUCACUGCAGCAGAAGAAAAAAGUUUGACUCUUCAUCGAUUAAUUUAGCGCCAGUCGACGUCACCGUGUUCGAUGUGGAACUUUAAUCAACGAGCUGACGACCGCCGCAGACGUUAAAACCCGACCGCCCGAAACAGGAAGUGUCUGCAGCGGCUCCACGGCGAAGAGGUCAAAGGUCAGAGAGGGGAACCGUGGGAGGGGGGGGCAGGUGUCUGCACUAAUACAUGUUGUGUGAGUAUUAGUUGUGUUUGACUUCAGAAGUCUGUGGAGACUGAACAGGUCUCAGAUCAGUUUGAACCACUGUGAGACAGGAAGGAGGCGUGUCCACCGCGAGCUUCUGUUCACCGCAAUGACAUCAUCAAGAAAGGUCCAGAUCUCAUUGGAUAAUCAGGUUAGAAUUAAAGGGCCAGUCCAGGUCUCCAUUUAUUUCUAUAUAAUAUGAAAUGUAAUGUGUUGCAUCCAUCACAGUCACUAUUAUUACUGCAGUAGUUAUCGUUAAUGCAGCGCAGACUCUUUCAAAUCAACCUUUUCUUCAAUGGAGUUCUGCACGGGCCUAAAACUGAGACCAGAACCUGACUGGUGAGGCCGUUUAGACCGGACCAGAACCAGACUGGUGAGGCCAUUUAGACUGGACCAGAACCAGACCAGAACCAGACCUCCACAGGGUUUAUUUCUUAAUUUAAUCCAAAGACUCAAAAAUAGAGAAAUGUCUUGUUUAAUUACGUUUGUAAAGUUUUAUUCAAAAUACUAAAUAUGACGAAAAUAAAUACAAAUAAAAAUACACAACAUUUAUUAAGAGUCUGUUAAUUAAUAUUCAUCAAUAUAUUAUAUGGAAAGCGAUGGAGAACCAGAACAGAAAAAUGCAUUAAUUGACCAGUUUAAUAUUAAAAAGGACCCCAGUGUUUCUGCACAUUUUAACUCAAUUAUUCCAAAUUCUUCAUCAAGUUUAUUUCUAUGAAAAUCAACCUGCAGAGAGAAAAUCUAUUUAUUUAUUCAUUUAUUUCUACUUGAAGUUCAGACUACAACUCAAUCUGAACUUUUUUAAACAUCAUCAUGCAACAAUAACAGUUAAAUUUAAAGUUUAAAGUGAUUCACCGAUGAUCAGAAUCUGUUAGAAACGACGGUAUUUAACCGUGUUUUGGUCUCCUCACUAAAUAUUCCUUUAAAACACAUAAAUACUAUCUGAAGGUGUGUAGACGUCGCUGGAUCAGAAGCUCUCGGUGGACUCUGAACCUGAGUCGGACCGAGUCCACAAACCAGGAAAAACCUAGCUCUUGUUUUUGUUUUGUUUUUUAAAUCUGGAAAAACCGUCAGACGGUUUCCGGAUUUUUCAAUCAGAAAUCUUCCCUCUAAAACUCCCCGAAGGACCAGACGAACAUCACGUCUUCUAGCGUUUUCCUUUCUGUACCAUAGCUCUUAACAAUGUUUGUCUCAUAUUCUAAAUCUUCAAACUAAAGAACGAAUUAACAAACGUCCUGCAGCGAUAAGAACAAAUGUUUCACUAACUGAACAAAGUCGAGGCAGCCCAACGUUUAUUUUUUAUUUUUAAUCAUUUCCUGUUUUUAUUUCUUUGUUUUGGACGUCUCUCAUUUUUAAAACUCCAGUCCACUAGUUCUGUUUUUUGCGGGUGUGUCGAGUGGUAGAUUUUAACCAGAAAAAGCUUGCAGCAGUUUUAAUCACAUUUAGGUACCAGAUUCUCUUGUUAUUCUUCUGAUUGUGCUUAUUUUAUAUGUAUUUAUAAAAGUAUGUUUUGGGGAGUUCCUUUUGUGAUUUAGGCCUGAAUGAUAGUCUCAAAUAUAUAUGUAAACACAUUUGAUGUCUUAAUACCUUUUAGAUAUUGUAAAAAGAGUGAACAAGUGAGAGGAAUUAACCCUUUUGUAAAAACAAGUGAAAAAAAAAACACGUCACGACAUGGUCACCCUGUUUUUGAGAGCAGGACGUAAAAAAAAACGCUUUCAUCACUUUUGUAUAAAAAAACGCUUUUUUCCGAUACAAUAUUUAACUUUUUGUAAACAGCAUCAUUUGUGUUUCCCCUGGUUCUUCUUCUCGUCCUUUGUGUAUUAUUGUGAAAUGUAUAAUCAUGGUUAUUUCUUAAUGCACUAUUUUUUGUUGGGGCACUUAAUAAGAGCAAUGCAUCUUAGCAAAAAAGAAAAAAAAAGCUAAAAGUUACAAAAAAAAAACGAUGAAAGCUAGAACGAUAUGCACCGAUAUGUUUUAUUCUGCCGUUCUGAAACGGCAAAGAUCCUUGUCAUGUGAAAUUUUUAUAUUUCAGAAGCUUAUAACGUCAUAAUAUUCCUCCACUCUUACUUUUGGACCGAGCGUAUCUCUCGGUUUCGGUGUUUAGAAGACGAUAUUUUAUCCAUCUUAAUAUUCGACCCGAUUCCUCGUCUUUGUGUUUUUUGGUGAGAAUGAUUGUACGAUUUCAAAACAGGCAGCAGAUUUUAAAACCAAUCCGAAAACGAGUUUUUGGGUCACUGAUCUCAAGGAAACUUCCAUCGAUGUUGGUGUUGUUGUUGAUGGUGCUGUUUCUCGUCGUCGCACACAAUCCGGAUCAUUUACUUAUGCAACUGUGUUCCUGUUCUGUAAUGCAAGCUCGUCUUCCGCGCCGCCGCCGUGGAAACGUUUGGGAAAAAGUAAAAGAACUAAAAGUCGUGUUUGAUGCCUUACGAUCGACGACACAAAGUCUUCUCUUUGUUUGACAAAGUUUGAGUUCUGCAGCGGUUCUCGUAGGUAGUUUAUCGUUCGACGAGUCUCCAGUCAAACUGUGAGAACUUUUAUUGUUUUGCACCAGACGUUUGUCCCUCAGGUUCCCCAAAAAAA